GCAUCGGCCCUCCAUUCGCGUCGCUCGGAAAAAUGUGACCGGAGCGCUCAGUCGCGCGCGCGCCCACACGACACUCACAACGCAUAACACAACAUUUUAGUAGUAUUUAUUUAAACCACGCCGAAUCGGCGGUUAAUUGUCAGGUGCGUGAAUGGUGCUUGCGGUGGUGCACUCGAGGUCGUCGUGGACACCGCCAAAAAGGUCUCCGCACGCCAUCGGAGCUCUGGCCACGUAUUACCUCUAUCGCAUCCUACCUGUUCAGUUCAAGCAUCUGUGCCAUCAACAUCAAUGUGAAAGUGCAAUGCGCGUGCAAAACCCCGAAAAAAUGUGGAAAAACUACGUGACUGACACGAAUCAUCGCUACAAAUUAACACCGAGCGACUAAGAAGACUUCCAACAACAUGUUAAAACACAUGCUCAACGCGAAUGGGAAUGUAGCGCGUUCCAGCCGCCCGGAUAGCUCGAUGGUAAUGGAACCACGGCAUUCACAUGACGUUUCUCACCGCUACCGCACACCAGGCGGCGUUGGAAGCAUUGGGGGAGGAGUUCCCAGUACACUCGCGAAUAAUGCCAGUGCACUACGCACACAAUACCCACUCAGUGUGACACACCUCCCAAAUCUAGACACAUCGAAACAUUCCAUCUAUGCGAAAGCAGCGAAUGGCGGAUUGAAUAUUUCACGGCCACGCCCCCCGGGGCCAGUGAACAAAUUCAUCGCCAAAUCAAAACAAGUGGGCGUAAAGGAAAUGCUUGUUAGUUUAGGACUGCUGUGCCUUGUGAGUCUACUCCUAGCGUUGUUAUCACUCAUAUUCCUGCUGAAGAUCUCUCCGGUGACCGCGAGUGACAUUCGGGAUCUCUUGAGAGCGGAACAAUUGACUGUUAUCACCGCCGAGGAAUACGUGGUGGUUUACGAAGUGACACUGGCACUGUGCGCGCUUACUUUAUCCUUGAAUCUGUGCUGUCUGCUGGUGUGCGCGAUUCAAUUCCUGUUCGCUGUGAAGCUCGUUAAAAGUCCGCAUGGUGGAAGCGAACGGACCAACAAAUAUCUGCAGAAGUCGUCGGUGAGUCGUGUAUGCGCCGUCGGAGGUUUCUUCAUCUCAAUCCCGGUGUUUCUCACAGGAAUAAUUCUGUAUACAUUUAUACAAUUCCAUUCCACACCGGCGAUAGUAACAAGCGUAUUCAUUGGUCUCGGUAUUGUUUUCUGCGGCUGUGCGAUGGUACACAACGUUUUUAUUUGGCAGCGAGAGAAAACUAAUGCCGUGAAAGAAUUAGCACUGCAACAGGCUAAUACGCAUAAUUCUUUUCAUAAUAUAUCAGCGCCUGGGACAGCGCCACACUUGAAUCAUCUGAAUCAAUCACACGCGUCACAUUUGAGUAACUACAGUGUAGGAUUCCUACAUUCGACCGCACAUGGUUCGCCACCAGCCACGAUUCUUGCCAAUGGUCCAUAUAUCCUUCGUCCUGCGACGACUACACCGCCUACAACAGAAAAUUUAAAAUUUUCACAUCCGCGAGAGGCUAGCGGUAGUGUAAGUCCUGGUAUGCAUGCGCCAACGCUUGAUUUAAGCAGCGUCGCGACUACAAACUCUCCACACGAGCUCAGCACGCUCGUGUGACUAUGUUUUCCGUGAGAUUAUUUUGUAUUUUUUACACGAUUUUAUUAAUUUAUAGUGCACGGAUGCGUGCACGGGGGACCUGGGACUGAUUUUACAAAGCAUUCAAUGCCAUGCCAACGACUUCAAAUGUAUAGAAUUGCAUUUAAUCGUAUUUUAAAAAGAUAUUAUUUGUUGUUAUUUUACAAUAAAGUACACUAGACAAGUGGAUGACAUCAGGAACACAUUCCAAGGCACUUCGUCUGAUGUCAUGUCCUUGAUCAAUAAUAAAUUA